AAACAUAAAAUAAAGAGCAUUACUAUGGGUAUCAAAUUGUCUAGCUCCAUUAUGAAAUGUCGUCUUAUAAUUUGUUAUCAUAAUUUUUAUUAAAUUAAAAUAAGUGAGACUCAAUAUUAAAUUCUUAGUGCUCUUACCAUUUUUAAAAAAUAAAAAGGAGAAAGGGAGGAAGAGAUACAUUGGGAGAGGGAAUCUGAAAAGGAUAUGAAAUAAUAAAUUAACCAAUAAAGAAAAAGAAAAGUAAGAAAGAAAGGUGGUUGUGGUUGUGAUUGUUGCAGAGGACAGAGGACAGAGAAGAAGGAGAGAGGACAGAGCCAUGAUGAGUACCACAAGAACAAUCUCUUCUCCAACUUUGAGUUUAAGUUUAAGUCCCACGUGCCACUCAAGAUUUCACCCAAACCCAAUCUCAUCAAUCUCACCCUUCAAUAAGAUUAAACUCAUCACCCCUCAAAGAAGAUCCAUAUUCACCUUCACCAUGGAGGCUGUUGAUUCUUCAUCAUCAUCUUCUAUAUCUAACAACAACAAUAGUAAUAGUAAUAGUAGUGUGUGGAAGCAGCUUCAAAAGGGUAUAGCUGAAUUUUACGAUGAGUCAUCCAGUUUAUGGGAGAAUAUUUGGGGAGACCAUAUGCACCAUGGUUUCUACGACCCUGAUUCAACCCAAGUGUCACUCUCAGAUCACACAACUGCCCAGAUUCGAAUGAUUGAGGAAGCCCUCAGAUUUGCAGGAAUGACCAGUGGUGGUGAUGAUGAUAUGGAGGUUGUGGAUGUGGGUUGUGGGAUUGGAGGGAGUUCCAGAUAUUUGGCUAACAAAUUUAAUGCCAAGUGUGAGGGUAUCACUCUCAGUCCUGUCCAAGCUCAAAGGGCCAACCAACUUGCUUUUGCUCAAGGAUUGGCCCAUAAAGUAUCAUUCCAAGUGGCAGAUGCAUUGGAACAACCAUUUGAAGAUGGGAAAUUUGAUCUUGUUUGGUCCAUGGAGAGUGGAGAACACAUGCCUGACAAACAAAAGUUUGUGAGUGAAUUGGUUAGAGUUGCAGCCCCAGGAGGGAGAAUCAUAAUAGUGACAUGGUGUCAUAGAGAUCUUGAGGAAGGAGAGGAGUCAUUGCAAGAGUGGGAACAGAAUUUACUCAAAAAGAUAUGUGAUGCUUUCUAUCUUCCUGCUUGGUGUUCCACAGCUCACUAUGUCAAAUUGCUUCAAUCCCACUCUCUUGAGGAUAUCAAAUCAGCAGAUUGGUCUGCAAAUGUUGCUCCUUUCUGGCCUGCUGUCAUAAAAUCCGCCCUCACUUGGAAGGGCUUCACCUCUCUUUUGCGCGCUGGAAUGAAAACAAUAAAAGGAGCAUUGGCAAUGCCAUUGAUGAUAGAAGGAUUCAAGAAGGGUGUCAUCAAAUUCUCCAUCAUCACAUGUCGCAAACCUCCUCUUUCCUCAUCAUCCUAAUCUCUAUCAAAAAGAAAAAAUUAUUAUUAUUUAGGGAAUGGGAUAACUACAGAACUAUCACUAUGAUUUUUAUGACUAUUCAGAUGAAUUAUUAUCAUUGUUAUUCUAAAAUUACAUAUUUUUGAAAUGGAGAAAACAAAACCCAACCAAGGUUUCCCACACCA